AUGUCGCAUAGACAGCACGGCUACGGACAGCGCCAAGGCAGCGCCAUGCCGAAGCAGAGCACCACUAGGUACGGUCAGAGCCACAGCGCCAAGCACCAGUGGACGAUAUGCAAGAAGUGUGGCCGCUGGGGGUACGGCUCAGUCUUGAGCAGCAAGGACUGGCGCUGUGACUGCGGCGCCCAGAUGACCAGAAAGGGCAAGGACAAGCAGGGCUCGGCGAAGGACGGCGGCCUCGCGAAAGCCUUGGAGGACGUCUCGGCGCAGCUCAGCGCGGACACCAUCAAGCCCGAGCUGUCGCAACAGCUCGCCACGGUUAGCACAGCCACGAGAUUGGCGAAUGCAGCCUGGGAGCUAGAGCAGAAGAACAAGGCCUACGGCAAGGCCUUCAACGCACGAAAGGAAGCUAAGCAGCGCCUGGAGAAGUUGGAGACCGACUUGAGGGAAAUGGCCUCGGCAGUCGCGCAGGCAGAGGCGGAGGUGCAGGCCAUCGGGCUCGAAAGCCAACACGGCCAGAAGCCCUCGCUCCUGACGAGGAGGCUAUCGCAGAGGUGA